UUUUGACUCCGACGGUGAGGUCUCUGAAAGUUUGGGAGAGAGAGAGAGUAGCAGUCAAUUAGGGUUUAAUCCAAACGAUAAAUCGGAGGUACGUGCAAGUCCCAGAGAGAUGCAACGAAAUGUCUCAAAUCGAUCUACCGUUUGAAGUCGGUCGCACCAUCGAAGCAAGAUCUUUCGAAUUGGGGUUUCGUGGAGCAUGGUUCCGAUGCAAGAUUACAAAGAUAUUCAACAAAGGGAGAGCAUUGUUCUACGAUUUGGAGUAUCUUGAUUUCACAGAAGAAGGAAUACACACAACAAAAGUAUUCCAAAAACGCCUAGCCGAGAACGAGAAUAUCCUAAUGGUUCGACCCAUACGUCCACGUCAAUCUCAUGAAAAUGAGGAAGGUUGUGGUGGAGAAGAAGAAGAAGAAGAAGAAGUUGUUGUUGUUCAUGGUCUUUGGAAGGUGGGUGACUUGGUCGAUUGGUGGAAAGACGAUUGCUAUUGGUCUGGAACGGUUCUAGAAGUGAGAGAAGAAGUUGAAACGGUUAAGAUCGAAUUGGUGCCUGAACCGUAUGGCGAAGGAAAAAGCUACGAUGCUAUGUUUAAGGAUUUGGUUCCUUCAUUGGAAUGGUCACUUGAAGAUGGAUGGAUUGUGCCUUUCUCUAAGGUUGGUGAAAAGAGGCAGUGUGCUAAGCUAAUGAAACUUCCUAAUGAAGGAGCUGAAGAAACUAGAGAAGAAGAAAAGCAGAGACCUACAAAGAAGUUAGCAGUUGAAGAAGAAGAAAAGCUGAGACCCACAAAGAAGUUAGUAGGAGAUGAAGAUCUUGCGUUGAAUAUCAUGGAAUCAGAGUCUAUAGAAGCUGCUGUGAUGGACUUGGAGGAGCAAAUUGUUCGAAUAGAAUGGAUAAAAGAAAUGUUAUUGCUAAAUUCAGAUAAUUCAACCUGGAUAUAUGAGGAUUAUCCUCCUCCAUCUUCCUAAAAAUAUGUGACAGUCCUUAGGUGGAGGAGUAGAGUAGAAGAUGUAAAUUAGGGUAAGACCUAAGGUGGAUCAUAUUUGACACGUUUUGAGAUAAUUGAAAACGGAACAUGACUCUGUUCCUUAGACGUCUUUCUUUUAGGUAUUUUGGUUUCCUUUGUUUUUUUUUUGUUUGUUGAUAUACUUUGCAACAAUUUCCUCUGUAUUUAACCUCGAACCUACUUUUUGUAGUCUGGGAAUUGAACUAAAGAGAAAGUUAAGGAUUAGUAAUUUCAUUCUCUAA